GGGCAGUUUUAGUUCAUCUUUAGCCACAGAUCGCAACGAACGAAAUAAACCAGAGCAUCGUUCUUCAAGCCAAGGACCUUUGUCAUCCAUCAGAGCAGUGAUCAAAAGAUCUUCUCGAACUUCUAUUCAGAGUGAACUUCAUCGAGAUAGAAGGCGCCCGGAGAUCACCAUCGUGGCUGCAGAGCCUCUGAGGCCAGCCUCCUGGUUCCCAGGAGCCACACCCCCAGGACUGGGGUUCCCACCUACUCCCGCAUCAGGCCCUUGGAGACCAAAUGAGCUAGUUCCUGCAGAGCUCCCACCUUCAUAUGAGCAAGUCAUAAAAGAAAUCAACCAAGUUCAAGUUAAUACUACAAACAAUAACAAUGCUGCUGCCACACCGAGGAGCACUAGCACUUCUGCCACUCAGACCGACUUCCCAGAAGAAAUAGACAACAGUCUGCCUCAAACACGACAGGCUUCACUGCAGCCUUCCCCAGCAGCCUUACCCGCUGAUCUCCAGAGGAAUACAGCCCCCCUUAUAGUCUUUGAUAUUCCUGAAGAACAGAACUGUCCAGGAAACCCCAGUGCUACAAGAUGUCCAGUGCCAAGGCCAAGAUCAAAAAACAACCUCAGACCAGCAGCCAGAGAGACUAACAUUAGAGAAAAAAAUCACCAGAAAAACAGCUCAGUGGACCCCGAAGAGGCGUCAUCCCCAGGCUGGUCCUCAUCUCUGCUGGACAGAACCAACGACUUGGAUAGUCAGGCAGUGAUGUACACUAUGAACCCAGAGCAAAGCCAAAAUAGUAUUGUUUCGAGAGUCAAAGCAUUUGAGGGUCAAACCAAUGUGGAAACCUCCCCGGCACUGCCUAAGAAACCAGAAAUUACCCCUCGCACACUCCCCCCAAAGCCAGCCGUUUCCUCAGGAAAACCAUGUGUGGCCCCCAAACCAGGUGCUGGCACAGCUCUGGGAGACUGGGACACUUGGACUGAAAACAGACUCAAAGUGACCUCCAGGCAAGGGCUCACUCCAUACUUGCCACCACAGGAAGCAGGAAACAUCCCUGUAACCAAACCUGAAUUGCCAAAGAAACCAACUCCUGGCCUUAUUCGAAGUGUUAAUCAUGAGAUUUUGGGUGGGGGUCUCCCGGCUGAGAGUGCUGGUGUAGGGAAAAAAGUCCCAACUCCUGCCCCUCGGCCUUUGCUGCCGAAGAAAUCAGUUUCCUCUGAAAACCCCACCUGCCCUUCAGUUCCUCCAAAACCCAGCCCUGUUCCUUCUGGACUCUUGGUGUCAUCACAAGCCAAAGACUUCAGGUCACUGGGAGAAGGAGCCCUGGCUAAUGCUCCAGCCCCAGCUCUGCCAAGCCGGCCCCUGGGGGACAUAGACCUCAUCAGCUUUGAUGAUGAUGUUUUGCCCACCUCGUCUGGGAACCCAGCUGAAGAAUGUGUUGGUUCAGAAAUGGUUCUAGAUCCCUUUCAGCUCCCCACAAAAGCAGAAGCAACAAAAGAAAGGUCAGUUCAACCAGCAACCACCAGGAAGCCCACUGUCAUUCGGAUCCCCGCUAAACCAGGAAAAUGUUUACUUGAGGAACCACAAACUCCACCUCCACUCCCUGCUGAAAAGCCUAUUGGAAACACAUACAGUACAGUGUCUGCAAAAUUCAGUAAUGCUGACAGAAGUAGAAAUUCGGAAUCUGACCACGCCAGUGAUUCAGGAGGUUUGAUGCGAGGACCCCCAAGGUUGCCACCAAGACCUGCAAACGGAAAAGCCAUUCCAACUCGACGGCCUCCUUCCAAAGGAGCCCCCGAGAGACCACCUCCCCCCAAACUUUCUGCCACCAAAACAUCAAGUAAAAAACUGCCUUUUAGCCGAUCAUCCUCUGAAAUGGAUCUUCAGAGAAAACAAAGUCACUUGGCAUCUGGACUCUCAAAAGCCAAGAGUCAAGUUUUCAAAAGCCAGGAUCCGGUGCUACCCCCUCGCCCCAAACCAGGACACCCUCUCUACAAGAAAUACAUGCUGUCUGUGCCUCAUGGACUCUCCAAUGAAGACAUUGACUCACAAAAGCCCACAGAGCUCUCCUGUAAGGAGUUGGGCCUUGCUCAGAAGCCAGUUGGCAGUAGUGCUCCUCAUGCCGUCGUCCUUCAUGAUUUCCCAGCAGAGCAAGUUGAUGAUUUGAACCUCACAUCUGGAGAAAUUGUUUAUCUGCUUGAAAAAAUAGAUGCAGAAUGGUACAGGGGUAAAUGUAGAAAUCAGACUGGUGUAUUUCCUGCCAACUAUGUCAGAGUAAUUGUUGACAUUCCAGAAGGAGGAAACGGGAAAAGAGAAUUGGGUUCAUUUCAAUGUGUUAAAGGCCCAAGAUGUGUUGCUCGGUUUGAAUAUAUUGGAGAUCAGAAGGAUGAGUUAAGUUUCUCAGAGGGAGAAGUUAUCAUUCUUAAGGAGUAUGUGAAUGAUGAAUGGGCUAAAGGAGAGGUUGGAGACAGAACUGGGAUCUUCCCCCUGAACUUUGUGGAACUCCUUGAGGAUUUUCCUGCCCCUGGUACAAAUAUUUCAAGCACAAAGGUACCACCGAAGACCAAAAAAGAAGCUUCUGGCUCAAAUUCUCAGGAUAACAAUCUCUCUGAAGAAUGGUGCAAAGCUCUCCACAGUUUUACCGCUGAGACCAGUGAUGACUUAGCCUUCCAACGUGGGGACCGGAUUCUGAUCCUGGAGCGUCUGGAUGCUGACUGGUACCGGGGCCGGCUGCACGACAGGGAGGGAAUCUUCCCAGCAGUCUUUGUGCAGCGCUGUGUAGCUGAGGCAAAAACCAUGUGUACCACAGGACUGAAGGGGAGGAAGGCCAAAGCCUUGUAUGACUUCCAUGGAGAGAAUGAAGAUGAGCUCUCCUUCAAGGCUGGAGAUAUCAUUACGGGGUUAGAGUCUGUGAAUGAGGAGUGGAUGAGUGGAGAACUGCUGGGGAAAUCUGGGAUAUUUCCCAAAAACUACAUUCAGUUCCUACACGUCGGCUAAAGAUAAGAAGCUUGGCUAUUCCUGGACGUGAGAACCCACUUGAACUAUCACGCUGACUAUCAGAUUUGUUUUUGCACUAUCUUUUUUUUUUUUUUUUUAAACAGAAAAGAGAAAUAUCUUAAGGUGUCCAUGGUACAGGAGAAUUUUCUGGAAGCAGAAAAGUUCUCAACUUUGUAGUUAGCUUUCGUUCCCAGUGGAAAUGUGUACGUGGAAACCAUGCAGGAGGAAUGUAGAAAGAAAACCUCUAAUGGGGUUAGCAGGGCAGAGGCAGCCUCCCCUGGGCAAGCGCAGGGCAACCGGCACAAAGGGAGGCUGAGCAGAAGUUGUACACGGACAUCUGUUUUCAUCAGCACAUGUGAAUUAACCAUGCUUCUUCAUUUUUCACUUUAGUUUAAAAAGAGGACAUUUGACAUUCUACACGCUGUAACUAUCGGGACAUGGUUAGUAAUCUAAAUUUCAUUUCUGUUGUUCAAAUUAAUCCUAAUCGCUUGAGCACAUUAGCCUUUAGUACGAGGGCAAACGCUUACUUCAGAAGGGAUAGUUCAGUACUGAACAGGAGCACUGGUAAAUACAUGGUGACGUCAGCAGACUCGCCAGAUAUUCCCUAUUUGUCCAAGGAUUUGAAGGGUGUCAAAAUGUGUUGUCAUCUUAGUCAAAAGAACCAAAAUCAUCCUUGAAAUGCCUUGCUAACACAACUAACCCUCACCUGUGUGCCAGACUACUUCUGUCUUCCAUAUAUUCUUUAUGUUAACAGGGUUAUUAUAAAGCACAUUUUCUGAAUCUGCAAUCAUUCCUUUGACAAUUACUGGUACCCAAAGGAAAACUCAUUUUCUUUGCAUUCUCCCAGUAAUCUAUAAAAAGCUGUGUCUUGUUGUAGUGGAACAAAUAUGAAUCACAUAUAGUAUCUUAGAAUACAGAGCUACUGUUAAGAUGAAGAACAAUGACAACUCCCACAGCUCGUUUAUUCAAAAUGUAAUCAGAAAGAAAAAUAACUAAGACAACUAAAGGCUGGUACUUUUUUCUCCCCAGCUUGUCUCUGCACAAUUAUUAGAGAAAAGAAAAGGCCACUUUCCUGUCAUCCGUUGUGAUACAUCCCAAGUUUAAGACAAAAGUGGUUCAUUGCAUAACUGGAUUACAAGUUAGGGGCUAAAGCCAAUAGGUUGAAGACAAUCUUGCUAACAGAGCAAUGGGAUAGGAUUACAUUGGAAAUGUAAAAAGCUUUCUUUGUGACUUUCUUCUGUUUUUGAGAAGAGUUUCGUAUGCUGGACCACUUUUUCCUUUUCUUUUUUUUACAGGUCCUGGGGUUUGAACUCAGGGCCUGAGCACUG